CAAACCAACAAACACGUUUAUAAAAUAUAUACGCCAUUUUUUGUGAUUAAAUAUUUAUCAAAAUAUAUUAAUUUUGUAAUUAUAAAUUAGUAUAGUAGUGAUUCACUCGUUGUAGCAAAAAAAAAAACAAUUAUGGAGUUCAAGGUUUUAUUUGGAAUACUUAUUGUUAUACUGUUUGUGUCAGGUACAAAAGGGGGAAAAAAUAAAGGUGGUUCAAAAUCAGAUAAACGUAACUCAAAAACUACAUCACGUCCACGAAUGACUGAACGACCUGUACAAGCUACAGGUGGUUCUCCAAAUAAUAUUGGUUGGCAAAUUCCAAAUUCACAUCCUCAACAAGCCAAACCAGUUCAAACUCCUUUUGGUGCUCCAGCAUCAAAUAAUGUUAUUGUCAAUCAAGCACCACCAGCACAACCAUCACAUCAUGUUACUGUUAAUCAAGCACCACCAGCACAACCAUCACAUCAUGUUAUUGUUAAUCAAGCACCACCAGUACAACCACAACAUACUGUAAUUGUCCAUCAAGCACCAGUACAACCACAACAUACUGUAAUUAUCCAACAAGCACCAGUACAACCUAUGUUUCCAGUACCUAUAAUUAUUCCAUCUUUCCAUUCACAUGGUGGACAUACACAUGAUAAAAUAGAAACACAUUCAACAAAUGUUAAUUCAACUAUAAUAUACAAUAAUUAUUACAAUGGUACUGCUCCUGAUAACAAUUCAUCAAUUGUUAAUGUUACAACACCUGCUAAUUCAUUACCAGCAUCAAAUAAUAAUUCAACAAAUACAACUACUGUUGUUACACAAACAGUUAUUACUAAAACACAUAUUAUUAAAACUUCAACA